AUGUAUCCAGGUGAGAUUUUCUAUGAAGAGUCACCAUUAUUUCAAAUGAGUUACAAGUGUUUAGCAUUAAGAAAAAUUACUCCUGCAAUUGCUGCAGCGGCAGCUGCAAGUAUGGGUCCCAAUAGUUUACUAGCAGGACAAAGUGAACAAGAAAAAGUCACACUUAUUAUGCAAGUUCUUCAGCUUUCAGAUGAACAACUUGCUCUCUUACCAGAGGAUCAACGACGUAGCAUUAUGAUUUUAAAAGAACAACUUGGCAAAACAGGAGCAAUUUAA